AUGGCUUCAAAAUCACCCUUGCGUAUAUCAAACUUACAAGAUCCGACACAACGUUAUGAUUUACAAGAAUGUAUUGGAAGUGGUGUAUUUGGUGAAGUACACUUGGCAAUUGAUAAAAAAGCAAGUGACAAAAAAGUUGCCAUAAAAAUACAAAAAUAUACUGACAGUAAUUCACAAUUUAUUCAAGAAGAGUAUAAAAUAUUGCGUGAUUAUUCAGAUCAUACCAAUUUACCAGACUUUUAUGGAGUGUAUAAGAAAAAUAGCCAACCAUGCGAUGAGAUUUGGUUUGUAAUGGAAUAUUGUGAAGGUGGACCAAUUACGGAUGUUGUGCAUGGUCUAUUAAACAACAAUCGUCGAAUGUCUGAAGAGCAUAUUGCAUAUAUUUUACGUGAAGUAAUCAAGGCUGGAAUAUUCUUACAUGAAAAGAAUGUGUUGCAUCGCGAUAUCCGAGGUAGCAAUAUUUUAUUGACAAGUAAUGGAGAAGUGAAAUUGGUGGAUUUUGGUUUAUGCCGUGAAUUGGAUGGACCUCUAGGUAAACGUAAAACGUGUAUUGGUUCACCAUGUUGGAUGGCACCAGAAGUUGUUACCAGCGAACACUUACAAAGCGAUGGACAGUCAAGUGGGUACGGAAGUCGAGCUGACGUGUGGUCAGUUGGAAUAACAGCAAUUGAGCUAGCCGAUGGUAAACCACCAUUUCAAGAUUAUCAUCCAACACGUGCCAUGUUUCAAAUUGUUCGUAAUCCACCGCCAGGAUUUGCACGCCCUUCUAAUUGGUCUGUUAUUUUCAAUGACUUUGUGUCUGAAUGUUUAAUUAAAAAUCCAGAACAUCGACCAUUUAUGAUUGAAAUACAGGAGCAUCCAUUUUUUGAAAAUCUUCCAGAAAAUGAUUAUUAUUUGGCACAAGAAUUGCGCCAGUUAAAAAAUGAUUUUGCAACAAAUGCCGAGAAGAAACCCGAAUGUAUUUUAUAUAAGAAAAAGCUGAAAACUGGAUUAGAUGGUGAACUCAAAUCAAUGCUUGAAGAAGAUUUAGCAGCACUAGAAAAGCUUACAGAAGAAAGUAUUAUUUCACUUUUACGAGAACGAAUGAAUAUUGGCCAAUUUUAUACGUUUAUCGGAGAUGUUUUGUUAGUGCUAAAUCCAAAUGAAAGACAAGAUAUUUAUAGCCACGAUUAUCACGUCAAGUACUGCUGUAAAUCUCGAUCGGAUAAUGCUCCGCAUAUUUAUGCUGUCGCAGAUAGCGCAUUUCAAGAUGUAUUACAUCAUGAAGAACCUCAACAUAUUGUUUUGGCUGGUGAAAGUAUGUCGGGAAAAACCACGUCAUUUCUUCACUUAAUUGAACAUUUGGCAUUCUUGGGGCAAAGUCCAAACAAUAAGAGUGGAGAGCAAGUGUUAAAAGCUAUAACAGUGAUACAUGGCUUUGCCAAUGCAUCGUCAGCUUUAAAUCCAAAUUCAACCAGAUGCAUUUUACAAACGCAGACGACGUUUGGAAGUGCUGGUAAAAUAAGCGGCGCCAUAUUUUGGCUUUAUCAACUUGAAAAGUGGCGUGUUUCAUCAACAGAUAUGUCUCAAGCCAAUUUUCAUAUUUUCUACUAUUUUUAUGAUGCUUUGGAAGCCGAAAAUAAAUUAUCUGAAUAUAAAUUACAACCUGGUAGACCAUACAGAUAUUUUCGAUUACCGGAUACAAAAGCAAAAUUAUCGUCUAGGCCACGUGAUAAUCCGAAAUCAAAUUUUAAACAAUUUUUAAUUAUUCAACAAAAUCUCCUAGAUUUAGGCAUAGAAGAAACACAUUGUGAUGUAAUUUGGACUGUGCUAGCGGCAAUUUUACACUUAGGUGAUGUGCAAUUUAAGGAUACUUCUGAUAAAAUUGCUGAAAUUGAUAAUCCAGAAGAAAUUACCAUAAUUGCUGAAUUAUUGCAGUUGGACGAAAAAAAAUUAAGUUGGGCACUCACAAAUUAUUGCAGUAUACAAGAGGGUACUGCGAUUAGAAAAAAACAUACAAGUGAUGAAGCUAGGGAUGCCAGAGAUAAUUUAGCGAAUAAUUUGUAUUCUCGCUUAGUUGACUGGAUUAUUAAUUUAAUUAAUUAUAAAUUAUCAUUUGGCCGUGCAGUUUUUGGCGAUAAAUAUAUUAUCAAUGUUUUGGAUCUUUUUGGUUUUGAAUGCAAUAAAGAGAAUCGUCUCGAACAACUUUUUAUCAAUUCCUUUAACGAACAAAUGCAAUAUCAUUAUUCUCAACGUGUUUUUGCAUGGGAAAUGUUGGAGCAACAAGAAGAACAUGUUCCAGCACCACCAAUGACAUAUUACGACAAUCGUGCCACCGUCGAUGAACUUUUAGCAAAAUCAUAUGGGCUGUUUUCCUAUAUUGAUGACGCAUCUCGUAAUUAUUAUACAGGGCAAGCAAUUACAGAUGCAUUGCAAAAUUCAUCAAAAACUCCACAUAUUAAAGUUCUUAGUACACGAGAAUUCGCGGUCGCACAUUACACUGGAACUGUACAAUAUUCGGUAAAAGAAAUGCCCGAACGAAAUCGUGAUUUUCUACCACCAGAAGUAAUUGAUGUAUUUCGAAUGUCAAAACAUACUGAAAUUCGACAAUUUUUCACAAAUGCUUUAACUAAAACAGGUAAUUUAUCGUUAGACGAAGAAAAAUCAGUUAUGGCAAAUACAACACGAAAAGCACGCUGGAGUGCAGCUGUUGUCAAAGAAGCCCAAAAAAUUAGGAAGGUCAAUUUUGAUGUACCCGGUAGUAUAUUCUCCCAAACUCGUAAAAUGCGUACUGCAAGUCAUAUAUUCCGAACAACGGGUUUAGAAGUACUAAAGACAUUAGCAAUUGGUGCAGGAAGUGGUGGAACACAUUUUGUACGAUGUAUACGCUCUGAUUUAUCAGGUAUUGCAAGAGGAUUUCAAACUGAUUUAGUACGACAACAAAUUCGUGCGUUGGCUGUGUUAGAUACGGCAAAAGCACGACAAAAUGGCUAUCCACAUCGUGUUCCUUUUAAUGAAUUUCUUCGGCGAUAUAAAUUUUUAGCAUUUGAUUUUGAUGAAAAUGUUGAUAUUUCUAAAGAAAAUUGUCGAUUAUUAUUAGUUCGACUUAAAAUGGAAGGAUGGGCUAUUGGAAAAUCAAAAGUUUUUCUUAAAUAUUACAAUGAGGAAUAUUUGGCAAGGCUCUACGAAACUCAAGUGAAAAAAAUUAUCAAGGUACAAAGUAUGAUGCGAGCAUUUUUGGCAAAACGAAAUGUAGAUAAAAAAUUAAAAGAAAAAAAGCAAAAGGCACCAGCUCCUACUUUGGACGUAAACGAUAAGGAUCAAGCUGCAUUAAUUAUUCAAAAAGCUUAUCGAGGUUACGCAGUACGGAAAACUUAUCAACCACUAAUACAAGAACAUUCGGGUAAAUUAAAUGAAGACACAGCAAAUUUCAUUCGACCAUAUGUAUAUAAAUGGAAAACCAAAAGUAUGUUCCAAGUAAUAUUACACUAUCGAGCAGCCAAAUUUCAAGAUAUUGUGAAUUUGUCCCAACAGGUGCAUAUUUUUAAUCAAAACGUGGUGCAGAAUUUACAAAUAACAAAUAAUUCUAUAAACUUGGAUAAAAUAAACACAAAAGCAAUAUUAUGCGAAUUCUUGACUGAUAAAAAACCAACUGUUUGGAAAUUACCGUUCAAAUUUGAUCAAUUACCAUACUUUGAUACUAGUUAUAUGUGUGAUCCUUAUACAAGCGAAGGGCCAACGACUACUGAAGAUGGUACCGAAGAUUGGGAUGCACCUUUACGCUGGCGUAAUACAAUAGCAAGUCAAGUUGCUCAGUCAUUAAAUAUUGACAUAACAUCAAAUACAAAUACGCAACAUGGACCAUAUAUCAGCCAAAAAAUAUCACAGCCGCCAAUAAACGUACCAUUUUGUCGUGAUCCCAAUGUUCCAAUAAAUCAAUUGAAAGAAACUACUUCAUAUUAUCCAUCACCAGCAAAACGGAACAUUUAUACAUCGAGUCCAGCUAGAACUAUUCAUAACAGAUCACCACCUACUCAAGAUUUCGAGUUUAGUAAUUCUCCCUCACGAUUUAUUAUAAAUAAGCCAACCAUAAAUCCAAUCAAAGAAUUGGAAUUAAUUGGUCGAAAAACGGGAAGUAACAAUAAUCUCAAUGAAGACGACCCACCUUUCAACUUUCAAGGAAUGUUAAGGAAAACUAAUUAUAACCGUGAGUCAAUGAAACGUUCACCGCGCCAAGAACCUUCGGAAGAAUAUCUUACUCCAACACGUAGAAGAAAUGAUAAUGAUUUUAGAGUACCUAUUAACGAGUACCGUACAAAAUCACCACCCAGAAAAAUUUACAAUAAUUAUGAUGACGAUGAGUUUAUUGAGCCUGACAAAAAUUUAAAUACUGUUAUUUAUGAAAGUAGAGUGAAGUCAACUUCUAAAGAAAAUUUGAUGAAUGGAAACUGCACAUCGGAGGUAGUUGGUUCAAUGGAAUUAAUUCCAGGAGUUUUUAUUGAAGGACCUGUUAUUGACCUGUAGAAGCAGACUUUGUUUAAUUUAUAAUUAUAAAUUUAUUAAAACGACAAAAAUUAGGAACUUAAAAGUCCCUAGGACAUCCGCACACUUGCCACCCAGGCUGUCAUAGAAAUUAAUCCGGACAAAGUACACAUUUUAAUUAAUCCCAAAGAGCUCAUAAUUGGUAUCAUCGAUCCUACAUCGCCAAACCAAAAUUACAGGUUUAUUGCAUUUUUCUAGCCAAUGGUAAUCAUAAAAAUAGACCAGGUAAAAAUUGUAGAUCCUGCAACAAUCCACAAAAAUUGUUCUGACAUUUUCAUUCUAAGAAUCACCAUUUCUCAGAUAUAGCAAUUGUGAAAGUUGAAAAAAUAAGUCUUGUCCUGCAUAAGUAAAAAUUAAGUCGUAUGCACGGAAUUCCCCAUCACCUGUGAGGUAGAGUCUCGUCAUCUCUUUUAUUUAAAAUUUUUUUUAGAUAAUUGCCUUAUCUACAAUUUUUUCCCGAACCCAACGUUUUAAAAGUAAACAACCGAUAAUAUCGAUCUUCAACCAUGAAUAAAUUGUUUAGCGGAUGUAGGAUCGAUGUAGGAAUUAUAUUUGUAAUAGUGUUUCCAGCAUCUGUACCAAUUUACAGCUGUAUGCGAAUUAUUGUUAACUUACCGCUAGUUUUUUAACUAAGUUGUCCGGAUUAAGUCGUUAUAUUGUAUGUACUAGUAAGAAAGAUUUUUUAAGCAAGAAAAGAUAUAUGCAUUGAGAAAAUAUGCUGCCCUUUAAACGUCUAGCGACUUAAGAUAAUUUAUGGAAAUAACUUGCAGUCGUUGAGUGUGCGAAAAUUUACUUUUAGCAUAACUACCGCUGAUAUGGAAUAGGAAAUUUAACGACACUUUAUUUAACUAUUAUGAAUAACAGACAAGUUUGAUUAUUUACAUUUCUUUAUUUCUAUAAAACUAAAAUAAGUCUUUUAUUUAUCAACUUUUCCAAAUUACUUUAAAAAUUAUUUAAAGUUCUAUAUUAAAGUGUACUGAGUUUCCUA